AUGGAUCAUGCGCGGCGCGGUUUCUCCCAGCCCACCAGCGGCAGUGGCGAAAUGGAAGGCUGGGCCAUUCCCCUGGAUGUGGUCAAGGGAGGCGACAACAUUUUGGUACAGGCUUCGAUGCCUGGGGUCAAUCCCUCGGACCUUAGUGUGACUAUCGAGAAUGACGUGCUGACUAUCCGCGGCCAGACUUCCGUGGAUAGCGAACGACAGGAGGGCAGUUAUCUGAUGCGGGAACGGCACACUGGUUCCUUCCACCGUUCCCUGCGCCUUCCCGACACCUUGGACGUCGACAAGGCCGACACCCGGUAUGACCACGGUGUCCUGACCAUUUCCUUCCCGAAGCUGGAAGCCAAGCAGGCCCGCCAGUUGCACAUCACGGUUGGCGAAGGUAACCAGGUGGUUGAGGGCGAUAAGUCAUAA